GGAGGAAGGGAACAGGUGAAAAAUAUAUGUAUUAUAAACAAAUGACUUUUGAAACAAACGAAGUACCUACGAAACCUGAACUUUGGCAGUGAGGAAAAUGAACUUUGGCAAUGAGGAAAAUGGGUAGCAAGAAUAGCCAACCGAUACAGAAAGCAUCGUCGGUAGACGGAGAUGUUUUGAAUGAUGACAUCAAGUUGCCGCAAUCACCAACAGAUAACUGCAUGUAUAGUUGCUGUGAAAACAAUUCAAACAAACACGCUUCCAGCCUUGGAUCCGUGCUCAAAGUCAUCCGAGGGUGCAAGUCGAGAAAAGAGAACACGGACGAUGAUCAGACAGUUGAAGAUGGCUUAACAGAAUCUUCCUUCAACUAUUUCUCCGAGCAAACUGAGGGGAUGGAGGGACUGCUUUUGAAAACAAAUUUUACAAGACCCGAACUGCAGCGUAUGUACAGGGGCUUUAAAAAUGAUUGUCCUAAAGGUUAUGCUGAUAAAGAAGUUUUCAAAAAAAUCUACGCUCAAUUUUUUCCUCAUGGAGAUUCAACGCAAUACGCCGACCUUGUUUUCAACGCAUUUGACUUGGAUAGAAGAGGAAAACUUUCUUACGAGACUUUCAUAUUACGGCUAUCAAUUGCCUUACAUGGCACAACCGAAGAUAAACUGAAGUGGAUGUUCCAUCUUUACGAUGUGGAUGGUGAUGGGUAUAUUUCAAGGCACGACUUGAUUGUGAUCGUGACUGCUGUUCAUAAUUUGAUGGGAUCGUCGUCCAUUUCAAAUGAAAGUGAGACAAUUCAAGAACAGGUUUUACGGAUUUUUGAGAUUCUUAAUAAAAGCGACGAUGGUUAUGUCACAGUCGAUGGUUUCAUCGGAAAUUGUAAAAAUGAUGAGUGCAUAAAUAAAAGUUUGGCGAUGUUUGACUUACACAAGUCAAAUGACUCGUGAGUCGUGUCUUAGAUCUUCAUGAAGAAGCUGGGAAAAGGAAGACAACCAAUUUUGAAUGUAGCUUUGGACGAAAUUUUUUUAUAAAUAAAGUAGAGAUGAUUUUUUGCAGAUUGCAAUGAAAACUUUAGUGAGUACAAAAGGUAAAUUGUACUGUAAAUGAGCAUCAUAAAUAUUGUGCAUAAUUGAAAAUAAUUUCAAUUGA